UUAAUACAAUAUUCACUCCGUUGUACACAAAGAUGGCGGCCGCCAUAUAAAUUUAAAUAAAAACAACAACAUGAAGAAAAAGGGAAUAUCUGUAAAGCCUGAAGUUUUUAGGGCUAUGCAGAAUGUAGACAUAGAUGCCCUUGAAUCUGUUAAAGCUUGUGACAUACGACCAGUCCUUCCAUGUUUGGCUAGAACAGCCCUUUGUGCACCAGUGGACAAAAGCGAUCCUUGGAGUUUAGACAGAAAGAAUAUUUUGAAAAUUCUAUCGGGUCUUGAAGAUGUCAACAGCAUUGUUGCUUUACUUUCAAUUGAUUUCAAUGCGCUGGAGCAAGAUGUAAAGAAAGAACAGGCACUGAGGGCGAAGGUGGGCAGUGCCUAUUCUGACAGUGUUCUCAUCUCGCAGCUGCAGAAUGGCCUAGCCCUGGAGUUUGAACACAGCGACCCUGCUAGGAGGAUACGCCUGCUGCUCAGUGAAGUUCUCUACAUUUUAUCUCAGGUGCGGGAGAACAAGACUGACUUCUCGCAGAAGCAGUGGGAACUGUUUGAUUGUGAAGUCUACCUUGAGGAGGUUGCCGAUGUUCUCUGUAUCGCAUAUUGUGAGUUACCUGGGUUACUUCCCAUCAGUGACUUGGCAGAGGCCCUCAUGUAUGUCCCCAAUGGUCCCUGGUUGCUAUGCAGACUAGUUGCAAACUCACCCGACAGCUUUAGGCAGGUGUGUGAGAGUUUGGUGUCCAAGGGAGAGAAGCAGGAUGAAGAGUCCCUGAGCGGCCGCAAGAGAAUGGAACUGCUGCAAAGCCUGUGUGAAAUUAACCCCCCUGAAGCACUUUUUGUGCGAUCACUUUGUAUUCAUCACUGCACAAUGCCAGGUUUGGCUGUGGCUUUAACUCUGAACAGUUUGGGCCAAUCAUCAGCCAGCUCUGAAACAUCGUCAGCCAACGGUCUUGUGUCUUUUAUUAUUGGCUUAUUGCUGGGCAACAACAUUGAGGUGAAGAACUGGUUUUCCCACUUCAUCAAAUGCGGACAACGGAGAGGCCGAGAGCCAGCCAUGUCCAUGCUACAUGCCAUGAGACUACAGCUGACCAAGCAGCUGAUAGGGAUCCUACCAGAGCCAGGCACCAGUCUAGAGGCAUCCCACGUCAUACAGGCUGGUUCCUUCAUACGUCUCUACUGCGCACUCAAGGGCAUCGCCACUUUAAAAUUUUCUGAUGAGGAGAUGAAGCUGUUGCUGCGCCUUGUGACCUCUCGACCUCCCAUCAGCCAAUCAGGAGUGAGGCUUGUCUCCCUAGGCCUCUGUAUGCUCAUCGUCUGCCCAUACAUCAUUGGAAGUCAAGAGCAGGAGAGACAAGUUGCAGACUGGAUACGAUGGCUCAUUGAAUCUGAGACACUCUUUGGCAGGUCGUCUGGUAAGCAGUCCUCGUUUGGUGAGAUGUUGUUCUUAAUCGCCAUUCAUUUCCAUGGAAACCACAUGCACGCAAUCUCCGAGCUCGUCUGCUCCACCCUUGGAAUGAAGUGUCCAGUCAAGGCUAAUGCUUUAGCAAGGAUAAGGCAGAUAUUCACUCAGGAAAUAUUUACAGAACAGGUGAUCACGUCCCAUGCAGUGACUGUACCAGUGACUCAAGGCCUCAACGCAACUAUGGAUGGUUACCUGCCCCUGCACUGCAUCUACCAGCUGCUCAAGAGCAGGGCAUUCUCCAAGUACAAAGUCCCCAUCAAGGACUGGAUCUACAAGCAGAUCAGUGUGAGUUCCUACCCACUACACCCUCUGCUGGUGUCACUGAUUGAGGUUUAUGUGAACUCAAUACUCGUGAAGAGCAACAAGACCGACCACAACAACCAGCCCAUCUCGUCUCAGGAGAUUGCUGACAUGUUCACACAGCACUCUGUGUUCAGCCAGCCCUCAGAGAAAGGUCGUGAUGUGAACUUGACGCCCCAGCUGUGUAUGCUUUAUUACGUGCUACUAUACGAGGACACACUGGAGGCACAGGGGAAAGCAAUCUUGCUGUCAGGGCGCCAUGUGGAGUCCUACCCGGAUGCUCUGAUGUCCCAGAUCCCUAUCAACUACCUCAUCCAGCAGUCACAGAAGAGACAGGACCUCUAUGGGGACCUCUUCUCUCAUCUCCUAAAAUUGCUUGUAACCCAAUUUCCACACCUGUGUAUGGUUGAGGAUUGGUUGGAUGACGUCAUGACAGUGACUUCUAAAAGACUGGCACCCACCCACAAGACUCUCGCUAAGAAGUGCUCUGUUGACGGAUUCAAACAAGCACUCGACACAUUGGAUACAAACUGCUGUGCGAUGUUGGUCAUGCUUGAGCAGAUAUUGGCUCUACCCGUGGAGGAAUUGUGGCCCUUUACUGACCUUGUUGUGAGUUGUCUUCCCAGAAUUCUCUCCCCGGAUGUGCCAAGAAAAGUUGUUGAUCUAGUGAAAAAAGUCUGGUUUAAGAUCCAUUCCUUAAUGCCCAGAAGUAUACGCCUGUCUACUGUGAAUGCUUUACGACCUCAGAAGAAGAGAGGCUUCAAGUUCUCCCAGUAUACAGAGACAGAUGUCACAGUUGAUCCUCUUAUAGUUCUCAGAUGUGAUGAGCGUGUGUUCAGGUGUGGCCCUGUGCUGGAGAUAGUGCUGCGUAUCCUGGGUGCCUACACGCUGGCCUGCCGUGUGUACCUAGAGAACCACAUCCAGUGCAACCCUGUGGCAGACGUCACCUGCCAGGUGGACCAGAACAGACAGGAACUCAAGGGGGCGCUGCUGGCUGCACAGGAGAGCGCCAUACUGCAGAUACUGCUUGAGUAUUGCCUGCCCAGCAACCAGGAGAAACAGGUUGCAGGCAUGUUGACCAGUCUGCAGGAAGUGAAGUCGAUUAUCUGCUCCUACAUCCAUCAGGCCUUCAUCUCUGACCCGAACCUUGCCAAGCUUGUGCACUUCCAGGGUUAUCCUAGUGAACUGUUGCCAGUGACAGUGCGGGGUAUCCCAUCCAUGCAUAUCUGUCUGGACUACAUACCAGAAAUGUUGAGUCAACCCCAAAUGGAUAAACAGAUUUUUGCUAUCAAGCUAACAUCCCAGCUGUGUUGCCAGUAUGCCCUGCCAAAGUCCCUGAGUGUGGCAAAGCUGUGCAUUAAUGUAAUGUUUGCAAUGAUUACAGGUAAGCUGUGCAUCAAUGUCAUGUUUGCAAUGAUUACAGGUAAGAUGUGCAUCAAUGUCAUGUUUGCAAUGAUUACAGGUAAGCUGUGCAUCAAUGUCAUGUUUGCAAUGAUUACAGUUCUGGAGACAAAGCAGAGGGUGGAGUUUUUCUGCGAUACUUUGCCCAGUCUGGCUCAGGUGUGCCGUGCGUUUCCCCCACUGUGUGAGGAUGUAACCAGUCUACUGCUUCAGAUUGGGCGCGUCUGUGUCUCCCACAUUACGGGUCGCAGUAAUGUCCCACAACACGAGUUUUCCUUGGACUCUCUCACUGAUCAAGGCCAUCCAAGUCCACCAAGGAAGCGAUUGAAAAGUGACGGCAACCAGGCCACAUAUCAUGAACUGUAUUCUGUCAUUCAGCACACCUUUGCAUCAAUCGUUAAAAAAUCUGUUGUCAUGAGGAAUGUGUAUUGAUGAUGGAUGUAUUUCCUUUUAAUAAAUUAGAGAAAUGUGCUAUGUACAUAAAUGCAAAUAAAUGUGCUAUGUACAUAAAUGCAAAUAAAAAUCAGAAUCAA